AUGUUCGCUGCUCGCAAGGUGUCACAGUCCGUCUUGGGCGCAGCUGCCCAGCGCAGAGCUUUCUCCGCCACUUCCGCCGACCUCUCCAAGGUUGUCGUGCUCGGCGCUGGCGGUGGUAUCGGCCAGCCGCUGUCUCUCCUCCUCAAGCUGAACCCACGCGUCAGCGAGCUUGCCCUCUACGACAUCAAGGGUGGCCCAGGUGUCGCCGCUGAUGUUGGACACAUCAACACAAAGAGCACUGUCACCGGCUACGAGCCCACCCCAGAGGGCCUCGGCGCCUGCUUGAAGGGUGCCGAGAUCGUGGUCAUCCCCGCUGGUGUUCCACGCAAGCCAGGCAUGACCCGCGACGACCUUUUCAACACCAACGCCUCUAUUGUCCGCGACCUCGCCAAGGCCGCCGCGAAGCACGCGCCCAACGCCGCCAUGCUCAUCAUCUCCAACCCAGUCAACAGCACCGUGCCCAUCACCGCCGAGGUAUUCAAGGCCGCAGGUGUCUACAACCCCAAGAAGCUCUUUGGUGUGACCACCCUCGAUGUUGUCCGCGCCAGCCGCUUCAUCUCGCAGAUCAAGAACACCGACCCAGCUACCGAGAACAUUGUCGUCGUUGGUGGACACUCCGGCGAGACCAUCGUCCCACUCCUCAGCCAGUCUGGUCAUGAGCUGACCGGCGAGGAGCUCGCCACCUUCAUCAAGCGUGUGCAGUUCGGUGGUGACGAGGUUGUCAAGGCAAAGGACGGUGCCGGCUCCGCUACCCUCUCCAUGGCCAUGGCCGGUGCUCGUUUCACCGAGUCGCUCCUCAAGGCCGCCCAGGGCCAGAAGGGCGUUGUCGAGCAGACCUACGUCGAUUCACCCCUGUACAAGGACCAGGGCGUCACUUACUUUUCAUCGAGCGUAACUCUCGGCCCCAACGGCGUCGAGGAGAUUCACCCCGUUGGCAAGGUCACUGAGCACGAGCAAGGCCUCCUUGAUGUAUGUUUGAAGGACCUCAAGACCAACAUCGAGAAGGGUGAGAAGUGGGUCAAGGCGAACCCAUAA